UCUGUGCAUUCAGGUCGGCUCUUUUUUUCAAUUUCAGAGCUAUCUAGCCUGAGAAAACUCCUGUUGCUCUCGUAACUGAGAAAAAGCAACGUGCCCGGCGUGGCAGACCUAUCGGCCUCCCCCCGGCGGUCAGUGGUUUGUCCCAGCAGGAAGCUGGCAGCCCGGCCGUGGUAAGGGCGAGCGGAGGCCGCGUGUGCGGUAGGAGCCGCCGUCGCCGCGGCGCUCUCGCGCCAUGCCUCACAAGAGGAAGAAACCCUUCAUAGAGAAGAAGAAAGCUGUAACAUUUCACUUAGUGCACAGAAGUCAGAGGGAUCCUCUUGUUGCUGAUGAUACUGCACCCCAGAGAGUGCUGCUGCCUGCACAGAAAGGGCAUGAAGAGCGGAGAAAGGAAGAGCAGCGGAAGUAUGGAGUGUUCUUUGAUGACGACUAUGACUAUUUGCAGCAUCUGAAAGAAGCAUGUGGUCCUUCUGAGCUUGUGCCUUCUGUGCGUGGUCAACAAAACAGAAUUGUGGUGACAAGGGAAGGGCGCAUAGAGGAGGAGAUUCAACAAAUUCCAGCCCCAUCUAUUAAAUUGCCUUCCUCAGUAUUUGCAACGGAGUUUGAAGAGGAUGUGGGCUUGUUAAAUAAAGCUGCCCCUGUUUCAGGGCCACGGCUAGAUUUUGACCCUGAUAUUGUUGCAGCUCUUGAUGAUGAUUUUGAAUUUGACAAUCCAGAAAAUAUUCUGGAAGAUGAUUUUGUUCUUCAAGCAAAUGAACCAGAAAAAGGUGGUUCAGAUGCUGAGGACGAAGAUGAAUGGGAAGAUGUAGAGGAUGAUGAGGAUGAAAAAGACAGUUGUAGUAGUGAUGAAGAUUGUGGUUCAGAAGGUCCUUUAUCAGAAGAUGGAGUUAAUGGACAGAUGAAAGAGUUUCUUUUCAUGCAAGAAGAAACCAGGAGUCGUUUCACAGAAUAUUCUAUGACAUCUUCAGUAAUGAGAAGGAAUGAACAAUUAACCCUAUUGGAUGACAGAUUUGAGAAGUUUUUUGAACAAUUUGAUGAGGAUGAAAUUGGAGCUUUGGAUAAUGUGGAAUUAGAAGGCUAUAUUAACACUGACAACACUCGGUUACAGGAAGUCUUGAAUGAUUACUACAAAGAGAAAGCCAAAAAUUGUGUGAAACUGGAUGCUCUCGAACCUUGUGAAGAUUUAGACUCUCCCAUUAAUGAAGAAAGCGAGGAAGAAAAGGAAGAAAUAGUAGCUCUAGUUAUUGAGGAAUCCAAAGAAAAGUGGGAUUGUGAAUCAAUUUUGAGUACGUAUUCAAACUUGUAUAAUCACCCAAAGCUUAUUGAGGAACCAUCAAAGCCCAAGCCAAUCAAAAUUUCCCAGAAGACUGGAAUUCCUCUGCACAUCUUGCCUCAGAAAGGUCUUACAGCUAAACAAGUUGAACGCAUGCAAAUGAUAAAUGGCAGUGACCUGCUGAGAGCAUCAGCACAGCCACGUUCCAAAAAUGAGACCAAAGAAGAUCGCAAAGCUAGAAAGCAGGCAAUAAAAGAAGAACGAAAGGAACGCAGAAUGGAGAAGAAAGCCAACAAACUAGCCUUCAAAUUGGAGAAAACAAGACAAGAAAAAGAGUUGCUCAAUCUGAAACGAAAUGUACAAGGACUGAAGCUAUCUUAAUGAAAUGGGGGAGCUUUCAUUGUAAAAAUGCCCUUAUGUUUUUGCCUGUAUUGAAAAGGGAACUGCUAACUUACAAUUUUGGCCAUCAUGCACAAACAAGUUGUUAAAAUAUUUUUGUAAUAAGAGCCAGCAACUUGUCAUUCUUUAUGAAUUGAAGUUAUACAUUCUGAAACAAACUUAAACAAUGUAUUAAUAAUGUUGCAUUCUGUCAUGAAUGACAUAGUAACUAUCGAGAACCAGCAUUAUACUAGAUAUGUAUAAUAAAAAUAUUUUUUAAGUAGCUGUCACUGGACAAAAUUUCAUGAAUUUGUUGAAUAUAUUCAGCAAAUCAGCAAAAUUCUGAAGAUUUGAUCCACUUGGACUCAUCUAUUAAGUUAUUUAUCUGAGUUUGUACAGAGCACUGUGCCCAUUUGUCUUCCUUCCCUUAUAUUGGCACUUAGCUAUGGUGCCUUGAUAUAGCAGUCUCAAUUCAAGGAGUUUUCAUCCCUUUUUUGUUUUUCUGUAGUCUGUUAUUUAUUGUUUGGGUAGUAGUAUAAAAGAUGUAAAUAAACUUUUGUGAAGAAUGCUGUCUGAAAA